AUGCUCUCUGCUGGCCCGUUCAGGACAAUCUUACUAGUUGCGAUUGCCAGCUUCGCUGCGGCAAAGCCAGUAUGGCCGCACUACACAGUUGAUUACGAGCAUUUCGAGGUUCUCAGCAUGCGAGCCGCCAUGCCUCUAUUUCCUUCUGCCGCCUACGAUGUCAAAUGCUUAGACUCAAACAAGAGAAUUGUCUUUCAUGAUCAGAACGUAGCCCAGUUGUCGAUAUGUGGUGGCAUGGCUGGGUCUAUCACCAAAUGCAAAGGCCAACCAUCUAUCACAAUUGGGCAUUCAGGAUCGGCCAAGUUUACUCUCAAACCUGUCAAUGCGGGCGCAAUUAUCAACAUCUCGAAAGACAAAUGGGAGCAGUGCGUGCGCGCUGCAAGGACAGUUUGUCCGACGGGCAGCAUGACAGGAACGUGCAGCGGAGGAACUACAAGUGGAGAUAUGAAGUUCUCUCUGGAGCACUCAUGA